AUGGCUGGUGGGAAUCCUUUUGAGCUGGGCAAGUCCAAAGCUCGGAUCAUCAAGGAUGGCGACACCAAGGUGAAGUUUGGUGAUGUGGCGGGCUGUGACGGCGCCAAGACAGAGCUGGUGGAGGUGGUUGACUUCCUGAAGAAUGCCUCGAGGUACUCAGAACUGGGCGCCAAGAUCCCCAAGGGUGCCUUGCUGGUGGGCCCACCUGGCACAGGAAAGACCUUGCUCGUCAAGGCUGUGGCAGGCGAAGCCGGUGUGCCCUUCUUCAGCAUCUCCGCGUCGGAGUUCGUUGAGGUCUUCGCUGGAGUGGGCGCUUCACGCGUCCGAGAUCUCUUUGAACAAGCGAAGAAGUCUGCGCCGUGCAUCAUUUUCAUCGAUGAGAUCGAUGCUGUGGGGCGGCAGCGAAGUGCAGGCUUCGGACAGGGCAAUGACGAACGUGAGCAGACUGUGAACCAGCUGCUUACCGAGAUGGAUGGUUUUGAGAGCAACAAGGGAGUGGUGGUCCUCGCAGCCACAAAUCGGGCAGACAUCUUGGAUCAGGCCCUCGUUCGCCCAGGUCGCUUCGAUCGGCAGAUCCAGGUGGAUCCUCCAGAUGUCCAGGGCCGCUUGGAGAUCCUCAAGGUCCACGCCAAGGGGAAGAACUUGGCUCCUGGCAUCGAUUUGUCAGCGAUCGCAAAGCAAACACCAGGAAUGUCCGGGGCUGACCUGGCCAACCUUCUUAAUGAAGGAGCCAUUGUGGCAGCACGGCAGAACAAGUCCGAGAUCGACUCCGAUGAUAUCUUCAAUGCUCUCGAGCGGAUUGCAUUGGGCUUGGAGAAAAAAGAUGCAGUGAUGUCAGAGCAGAGGAGAAGACUCGUUGCUUACCAUGAAGCCGGUCAUGCUAUUUUGGGUGCUUUGGUGAAUGACUAUGAUGCAGUUGCCAAGAUUAGCAUCGUGCCACGUGGACCAGCGGGUGGCGUCACGAUCUU